AUGUAUAGUGUUCCUAAUGAGUUGAGUCAAAACUCUAUUGAUGUAUUAUGGUUACAUAUAAGAAAUGCAAACCAGGCUAGUGAAGAAUUUAUUUUUUCAAAAAAAUUAGAUAGGUAUUCUUAUAGAUCUAUUCUUGGAUUUCAUUAUAUUGAAAAAUCACAUAAAUGCAAAAAGGAAGAUAGCGAAAUUAUUGUUUUACAUAAAGAAAAUCAUGACAAAAGCUUCAGACAAAUAGAAUACGCAAUUUUAAUUGCUAUUCUUCAAAAAGUCAUACUAGUUUUAAAAGAAUUUGAUCUGCUAUUUGAUAUCAGAAUAGAUGGAGAUUUGAAAAGUAAUAAAACACUUAGUACAGUUGCAAUAAUUAACCAAAUAUUUGCUGAUUUAAAGCAUGUUGCAAAAUUAAUAUGUAACAAAAUUGUAAUGCAGUAUUUUAAUGGAUGCGUUUAUACUGCUAAUGCAAAGAAAGCUGAUAAAAAAAUAGAUGCCUCUAGUGAAAACGAAUUAAAGUAUGUUCAAUUAAAGGGAUUAGUUAAAUAUCUUUAUAGAGAUCAUUCUUUAUGCUGGUCAGAGGUUUGCUAG